AUGGAUUUCACCACCAAAGCCACCAUCACCGCCUUUGGCGGCCGCAUCCUCAAGCUCACCCACCAAUCCAGCUCCACCUCGACGCCCAUGAACCUCAACCUCUUCCUCCCCGGCCAUUCCUCCAGCCGUGACCCGCCGCGAACACGCACCAGCUCAACGGACGAGCAGCGCACCCCUCUCCUCGUCUACCUGUCCGGCCUCACCUGCACCCCCGACAACGUGACGGAGAAGGGCUUUCUGCAUGCCCACGCUGCCCGCCUCGGUCUCGCCCUGCUCUUCCCCGACACCUCCCCGCGCGGCACCGACCUUCCCGGAGAACAUGAUGCCUACGACUUUGGCAGCGCAGCCUCCUUCUAUCUUGACGCCCAGACCAAGCCCUGGGCCGCCAACUACCGGAUGGAGUCGUACAUCACCCGCGAGCUGCCCGGCCUUCUCUUCAAAUCCUUUCCCGAGAUCGACCCGGACCGCGUCUCCAUCGCCGGCCACUCCAUGGGCGGCCAUGGCGCCCUCACGCUCUACCUAAAAAACCCCGGCAUGUACAAGAGCGUCAGCGCCUGGGCGCCCAUCACGAACCCGUCCCGCUGCCCGUGGGGCGAAAAGGCUUUUCGGGGAUACCUCGGCGACGACGAGGAUGAGUGGAAGAAGCACGACGCGACCGAGCUGGUCAAGGCCUGGAAGGGGCCGCUCAACUGCCUCAUUGACGUCGGGACCGCCGACGACUUUUACAAGCAGGGACAACUUCUCCCAGAGAACUUUGAACGCGCCGUCAAGGAGGCCGGCAUUGACGGCCUCGACCUUCGCUACCAAGAUGGCUACGACCAUUCGUACUAUUUCGUGUCGACCUUUGGCGAGGAUCACAUCAAACACGCCGCCAAGGCUCUUGGCCUGGUGUGA